AUUAUCUCAACAGUUGCAAAUGUACGAGUAGUUGAUAGUUGAUUUUCCCCUUCAAUAAUUAUACUGGUACCUAACUGAUUGCCAGUCGCGCCGUAUAGUUGAUUACGUGUUCGAUAUCUCUCAUUUCCCUCUCUCUCUUUUUCUUUUUAAAACUUCGGGAAAUUUGACAUUCGUUGAACAUCGAUUAAUGAUAAAAUUUUUUUAAAAUUAGGUAUCCGGUACCUAUACUAAAUGAUGCAUUUGAAAGUACACGCCGAAAUGUUUUGAUAGAGUCGAUGUGUUAGUGAUUUUUCUUUUCGACGUCUUUUUCAUCGCAAAAUAAUGUGAGUUUAUAGUUUGAUGGUGUUUAAAAAAAUACAAUUGAUCGUUAAAAAUGUAUGAUGUUAGCCAUAUGUUGAACCAGUAUCAAAAACAAACGCCUCGAAUGGUUACAUUUGUCGUACUUUAUUUCAAUUUGAUUUUAUACAUUUUAUAUGGUGCCAUAUAUGUGCUGCUUCAUGAAAACUUAUUUCCAGAUACAUUGACUAAUACUGUGAUAAGUUUGGCAUUUAUCGAAACUGUGAUACUCUUCUUCACAAUCAUUACUGCCCAUGACAAAAAAUCUUUUAUGCUGAGAUGGAGUAUUUUUAUAAUGCUUCUCAAUUCGAGCUUAGUCGUCAUCAGCAUCCUAUAUUUUAUGCAUGAAAAUAAUUACUCGGUGAUAAAACUGGAUCAAUGUAUUUAUAAGAUGGCCCUGAACGAGAUAGAAAUGUUUUCCGGUGUUUUUCCAAUAAAAUUGGAGAAAUUUUUGAUAAAUUAUGCUGCUCCAAUAUUCGAAAGCGUCCUAUUGAUUACAUUAAUUUUCAAGUAUUCCUCAGCAUGGGCCAUUUAUAAACAUGAAUUCAGACGUAAAGUUAAGAAAUCAGUUCUCGAUUUGUUUUCCUACAGCAAAUCCCACGAUACGUGUCAAACUAUAUUAGUUUCUUCCGCAUGAAUUAUCCAUUGAAACUGAUGCGCUCAAGCUCCAUAGUUACUAAUUAUGUGAAGUGGAUUCCAUUACUAUGAAACAAAUGCAUAGGUAUACUUAAGUAUACCUACUUACCUACUUUCCAGCCCCAUGUGAUUUUAUUUAAACGGGAAAAGCUUUAAUCUUAUUGACUAAUUGUGUAAUUUGUAUUUGAACAAUGAAAAAUGCAGAACGAGAGAUACUACUGACUUCUAAACAAAAUUGUAAAACAUUGUGAUAAACGAUGCCCAAUUAGUGAUCAGUGUGAUCACUUUUGUGGGUCUUCCUAUACCUUUGUAUAUUUUUAGUUCCAUUAAGUAGAUUUAUGUUGUAAGAUUUUGUUUUUCACUUUUUUAAAAAUUAGGUAUGGUAUCGUUUAAUGAAUACAUCUUUUUUUACCAUGUU